GAAUUUCGUUGAGAUGCUGAGCAGAGCUUCCUCUGACUUGUUGUCUACAGGACAGAAUGAAAAGGAAGCCCCUGUGACUCCAGUGCAACCUGAAGUCCCUGAGCUAUCUCAAAGCAAAACUGAACAUAUGAAAACUCCAGAAGAAGAGCUGCAGCCAGAAAACCCUCCUGCUGAAACUUCAGCUCCAAAAGAUCACCUGGGCUCUUUGAAGAUCAGACCAGUCUCCGAGCCUUCCCUGAGUCCAGCCAUGAAGAACGAGUUGGAAGAAUGUGAGACGUGGAUAGACAGGUUCCGGAAGCUGGAAAAUGCCCUCUAUUUGUGUGAUCUGAGUAACACAGGAGUCCUGGAGAAGGAACGAGCCAGACGCCUCAUUCACAACUACAAUCUCAUUUACAACCUGUCCCUGAGCCCUCGGAAAAUCGACCAGGCCUUGCGCAGAUUCCGUUCAGGAGAAAAUAUGCUGUUGGAGCCAGCACUGCGGUACUUAAAGGAGCUAUGAUAACAAGCCCAUAUUGUGAGAACAGAUGUUUCCCUUAUCUCCCUUUUUACCCAGACACGUGUUUCUCCCCAGCCCAUGUGUAGUGGUGGAGGCAUUGUCAGAGUUGAGGCUGAUGCACCUAUUGUGGAUGCUUUCUCUUUGGAUGCGAUUUCUGGCUAUGAUGCUUGCUCAGAAGUAGCUCAAAGUGAUCAGAGAAAAUCAGGUUUUCUCUUCUGAUGUGGCAAGAACCUAGUUACUCAAAAUCUCCUUCUAUUCUAAUAAAGCUUAUUAUUAAUAA